AGGACGCGGGGCCGGCGUAGCGGGGCCUCCCCAAACCGCUGAGCAGCCGGCGGGAGCUCGUAGCUGACUGAAGCGUGUUCGCUGCAUUUUGCGGGCCGGUCGCCGCGUUCUGUGGAGUUCCUUUUAGGAGUCCUUCUUCCUUUUCUCUCUCUUCUGCUUUUUAAGUUGUCCCUAGCAUCAGGGACGCGCGUUUUUCCUUUCCUGUGUUUCUAAGCUUUUAACACUGGCACCUUUGUCCUCGCUUGGGUGUAUCGGGGGGCUGCAGUUGUUCGGGGUGGAUUUUGGACGCCUCGCUACUGUCGAUGAUCUGUCGUAAAUGUGGAUCUUAACUUGGGAGUCUGACGGAGGACCUGGAGAACAGGCUCAAGGCAGGGGUGCGAAGCUCGUGGGUCAUAUUUAAAGUGCUGUUAAAAUGUACCCUCGAGGUGUGUCAGGGGCACGGUGUGCCCCCAGUGAAGUACAGGGCUAUAGAGCAGGUGGAGAUUUGAAACCUAUCAAAACAGCAUUUUCUCCACUCUAAUAAGCUAUUGCUUAAAAUGUUUUUUAUUUGUUAAUUUCUAAAGUGCUAAGAGAGAGGUGAAGUAAGGUUACGUGGCAGUUAAAAGAGCAGCUCUGAAGGGCGGUGUAAGGAUGUCUGGUUGCAGAUGUUGCUGCCGUCUGGGCGUUGCUGCAUCUGCACGUGGAUUCCAUCGCGUGGUUCGUGUAUGGACUGACCUGGCCAAGCGGGAGUGCUGCUGUGUUCUGCUGUCAGACCUCUCGUGUGCUGCUGGCCCUAACGCUUCCUUGAAAUAAUACAGCUGCAGAACCUGCAGCUUGAGCUAGCACAGAUCCUGCUUUCUUGAGUCAUGUUUGACAGUAAAAAGUUGUCACCUCAGUAGGCAUCUUUGGUGUCACAGGAAAACGCAUAAAACACAGCUAACGCCUACGUAUCAAUUGGCCAUUUUGUGGUUUAACUUUGAAUUUUGAUAUGCUUGUCAUAGAAUGACCUUAAAAAGUUGUGGUUUAUUCACUAUAUAACAACUCCAACUGCAUGGUUUUGCAUGAAUCUGUCUUUAUUUCUUCUUUGUUUUGUAGUGCCGUAAGCAUGGCAGUGUCCCUGAAAAGAAUGAAAUUUAAAACUCAUUUUGUAUUGGUAUUUCUUUCAUGCCUUCUGUUUUCCAAGUUGAGCUCCAAUGUUGGAACUAACAAUAGGGCAAAUCCUGUCUCAUGUCAGCAAAAAAAUCAGUCCAACAGAAUCUUUCUCUGGCAAAUGCUCUUCCUGUGUUUAAGCAGCUAAUCCUCGCUUUGGGGAAUAUCUAGGCAGCCCUUUUGAGCUCCAUUGUGCAGGACUCUCAUGCAGCUCUUGCAGCGACAGAGAAUUGUCAGCUUCUGCAGGUUAGGCUUCAUGAAAGUGCCUCCUGCAGCAGGGUUGAGAGCUGAGGACCAUCGGCCAUUUUGGGAUGAGCUGUUGUCCCACCCUCCUUCCUUAUGCAGGUGCAGCUCUUUUGUAGUUUGAGGUCAUCCUGCGAGCUGAAGCCAGGCUCUUGUUUUGUGGUAACCAGUGAGGGGGUGAUGGGCAAUGGGCUCAAACUGGAAGUCAGGAAAUUGCAUUUAAACUGAGAGGAUCCGAAGGGCUUUAUAUGGUGAAUGGGCCACCUAGUUUCACAGAGAGCACAGCAUUUCAAAGGGACUCUGGAAAAAAUUGCAAAGCUGUUGCUUUUAGCAAGGAUGGUUCCCUCUUUGGCUGGUGCAAUGGAGAAAAAGUAAAUAUUGUUAAUGUCACCAAUGCUCAGUUACUGCGUUCCUUUGAUCUUCCAAAGGCAGUUUGCCUUGAAUUUUCACCAAAGAAUAAUAUUCUGGCAACAUGGCAGGCCUAUACAGCUGCUAAAGAUGGCACAGUGGGGGUGCCCAACCUACAACUUCAUGAUGUGAAAACUGGAAAAUGUUUAAAAUCUUUCAUCCAGAAGAAGAUGCAGAACUGGUGUCCUUGCUGGGCAGAUGACGAAAGCAUUUGUGCCAGGAAUGUAAACAAUGAAGUGCACUUCUUUGAAAACAACAACUUUGCUACUAUUGCAAAUAAACUGCAUUUGCAGAAGGUUAAUGAUUUUGUGUUAUCUCCAGGAGCACAGCCAACCAAGGUGGCUGUGUAUGUUCCAGGCAGUAAAGGCGCACCGUCAUUUGUUAGACUCUAUCAGUAUCCCAACUUUGGUGGCCCUCAGUCUGCACUAGCCAAUAAAAGUUUCUUUAAAGCUGACAAGGUGACAAUGCUAUGGAACAAAAAAGCCACUGCUGUGCUAGUAAUAGCUAGUACAGAAGUUGAUAAAACGGGUGCUUCGUACUACGGAGAGCAAACUCUGCACUACAUUGCAACAAAUGGAGAAAGUGCGGUCGUACAAUUGCCAAAAAAUGGUCCUAUUUAUGAUGUUGUUUGGAACCCCAAUUCUGUUGAGUUCUGUGCUGUCUAUGGUUUUAUGCCUGCCAAAGCAACAAUUUUUAAUCUGAAAUGUGACCCCGUGUUUGAUUUUGGAACCGGGCCUCGCAAUGCUGCCUACUACAGCCCCCAUGGACACAUCCUAGUGCUAGCAGGAUUUGGAAAUCUCAGGGGACAGAUGGAAGUGUGGGACGUUAAAAACUACAAACUCAUUUCCAAACCAGUAGCCUCGGAUUCCACAUACUUUGCUUGGUGUCCUGACGGGGAGCAUAUUGUAACAGCCACAUGUGCUCCCAGGCUACGAGUCAGUAACGGUUACAAGAUAUGGCACUACACUGGCUCUCUGUUACACAACUAUGAAGUUCCAUCAAACGAAGAAAUGUGGCAAGUUUCCUGGCAGCCCUUCUUGGAUGGAGUGUUCCCAGCGAAAGCAGUAAAAUACCAGGCAGUUCCAAGUGAAUUGCCCAGUGCUGAGCCAAAGCCUGCUCAAGCGUAUAGACCUCCAGCCCUGAGAAACAAACCUGUAACAAGUUCCAAGCUUCAUGAGGAUGAGCCACCUCAGAAUAUGAAACCUCAGUCAGGAAGCGGUGAUAAGCCACUCUCUAAAACAGCUCUCAAAAAUCAAAGGAAGCAUGAAGCAAAGAAAGCUGCUAAACAGGAGGCCAAAGCUGAAGCAAACCAGGAAUCUACACAGUCCUCAGCAUCACAGAAUGCACCACGGAGUGCUGUGCCUACCUUUACAUCAGGAGAUCCUGAAGUUGACAAGAAGAUAAAGAAUUUAAAAAAGAAACUAAAAGCAAUUGAGCAGCUGAAGGAACAAGCAGCUGCUGGCAAACAGCUAGAGAAAAAUCAGUUGGAGAAGAUUCAGAAAGAAACUGCUCUCCUUCAGGAACUGGAAGACCUAGAACUGGGUCUUUAAAAACACUUCACGGAAAUCCAGUGCGACGUUAACACAAAGUUCAUGAAAAAUAUAAUUUGUUAUUAACUUGAACAUAAUAAAAUGUUUCAGCAAAUUACUGAGGAUGCAAAAGUCCAGGGCUUUGCUGCACACUUGCCUUUUAAAGAGCUUUCCUAAAGAUCUGUGCACGUGUGGAACUGUAGGCAAGUAACGAGUAUCACGUCAGCCAGUUCUGCUGCUGUUCAAACCAGAAACGUGCUGACGUAAGCAUAUUGCCCCAAAACCAGCAGCAGCCUGUUGGUCUAUCUCUUUUGUGUUUGGGCGUGAGGAAGGAAGGCGCUGAGGUUUACCCGGUGUGAGGAAGGAAGGCGAUGAGGUUUACCCGCUUGAUAGCUUUAUUGUAUUGAAAAAGACAGGUGAUCUAUAUGCAAUACUGGGCUGUAGAUAAAAAUAAAGAGCAUUUAAUAAGAA